GCGGGCCGCGCGAGGCGGAAGCUUGGGCGGGAGGCCGGAGGCGGGGCCGCCACGCUGAGUCACGCAGGAUUGACCCGCCCGCUGCUCCCAGGGGCGGAGGUGACAGCGGGCCUGGGAGAGGCGGUCGUAGCUGCCUGCUGCGCCAAGGGACCGCCAGGCGGCGGAGAGCUGGUCAGGGGCCGGGCGAGGCCGGGCGGGGAGCCCGGGUCGCUGUCCGGGGACGGCGGGCGGAAGGGACCCGCGCCCCGAGGAACGCGCCGGGCGGCCAGGCCUGCGCCGCCCCUGCCCCGCCACGGCCGCUGCCCCGGCCGGGAGCCCCCUAGGGGCAGCAGGGCGCCGGGCCCUCGUCGGAGUUCUCCGGUCCAGGUUAUAAAAGAUGGAGGCUGGCUCAGUGGUUCGAGCCAUCUUUGACUUCUGCCCUAGCGUAUCAGAAGAACUGCCGCUCUUUGUGGGAGAUGUUAUUGAGGUGUUGGCAGUGGUGGAUGAAUUUUGGCUUCUAGGAAAGAAAGAGGAUGUGACAGGACAGUUCCCCAGCAGUUUUGUGGAAGUUGUUACCAUUCCCAGUCUAAAAGAGGGCGAGAGACUGUUUGUCUGUAUCUGUGAAUUUACAUCCCUAGAAUUGAACAGCCUUUCCCUCCAUCGAGGUGACCUAGUGGUUGUCGAUGGCACUCCCACUGCCGGCUGGCUGCAGGGCCGGAGCUGCUGGGGUGCCCGGGGCUUCUUCCCAUCCUCAUGUGUUAGGGAGCUCUGCCUCUCCUCACAGAGUCGGCAGUGGCACUCACAGAGUGCCCUUCUCCAGAUUCCCGAGUAUUCAAUGGGACAGGCCCGGGCACUGAUGGGGCUCUCUGCCCAGCUGGAUGAGGAGCUGGACUUCAGAGAAGGGGAUGUGAUUACCAUUAUUGGAGUUCCUGAACCAGGCUGGUUUGAAGGGGAGUUAGAGGGUCGAAGAGGCAUUUUUCCGGAAGGUUUUGUAGAGCUUUUGGGGCCCCUGAGGACUGUGGAUGAGUCCGUAAGUUCUGGAAAUUGCGAUGAUUGCAUUACUAACGGUGAAGUAGGUACCAACACAGGAGAAGAGAGACAGCCAGAAGAGGAAGGCGAGCAGCCAGGCACCUACGGGAUUGCCCUCUACAGAUUCCAAGCCCUGGAGCCAAAUGAGUUGGAUUUCGAAGUAGGCGAUAAAAUCCGAAUCCUGGGGACCCUGGAAGAUGGCUGGCUAGAAGGAUCACUGAAGGGCAGGACAGGCAUCUUUCCUUACCGCUUUGUAAAGUUAUGUCCUCAAACAAGGGUGGAGGAAACCGUGGAUCUGCCACAGGAAAGCAGCCUCACCAACAUCCCUGACACAUCUUUGGAUUGUUCAGAGGACUUCUUAGAAGUGGAAGGAAAAAGACAUGAAUCUCAUGAGUAUAAAGCAGAGAAGUCCAACUCAGUUAUUUCUGAAACAUCCACUUCCCCACUGGAGCAUCUGACUUCUGAGUAUGAAGAAGACAAAAACUCUCACUGGGAUGUGGGCACCUCAGAGGGGCCCCCAAGAAGCACAGGUUCAGGGCAUGAACAGCUUCUUACCAAAUACUCUUCCACAAAUGAUCCUUCAGAGGUGGUAAAUGGUGUUACGUCCCAAACUCCAGUACCUUUUCAUCCCGAAUUGCAGAAAAACCAGUAUUAUUCUAUAGGAGGAGGAAGCAACCCCAGCCCCAACCAGUACUCUGACCCUCUUCCUCUAGAAGCAAGGACUAGAGACUACUCCAGCCUACCUCCCAGAAGAACAUACUCCCAGCCGAAAACCCUUCAGAAGCCAGUGCCACCUCUUCAUAGCACCUUUUCCCGUUUAGCCUCCAGGGCAGUCAGACCCAGCCAGUUGAGCCCUCAGCUCCAGGGCAUGGCGAGGUGUGUGAAAAAGCACCUCACACCCAAAGAAAAUGCUUCCAGCUUUUGCUCUGCAUCAGAGAGAUCAGAGAUGAAGCCUGGUCUGCAAGACAAGGCACCUGCUGUGGAAGCAGUGGCACUUUCAGAGGGAGACGGCAACACGGACCUGGAUUCUAAGUUGACACAACAACUGAUAGAGUUUGAGAAGAGCUUGUCAGGGCCCGGCACAGAACCAGAUAAAAUUUUGCGCCACUUUUCAAUCAUGGACUUUAACUCCGAAAAGGAUAUUUUCCGAGGUUCCUCGAAGCUAAUCAUCCAGCAGGAGCUGCCUGAGAGGAGAAAGGCUCUAAGGCCACCGCCACCCCGUCCCUGUACUCCAGCAUCCACUCCUCCCCAUUUGCCAGUGGACCAGAGCCUGAGACCGGAACCACCCUUGGCAAUGCGACCCUCUCGCCCCGCUCCCCUGCCUCCCUCGGCCCAGCAAAGAACGAAUGCAGUACCCCCCAAGCUCCUAACCUGUAACCGUCCUGGCUGGGAGAGCCUAGAAAAGGAGAGCCCUGAGAACAUGGAGAAAACUUUGGACCAGACUUCCCAGUGUCCCUUAGUCUUGGUGAGGAUUCAGGAGAUGGAACAGGACUUGGAUAUGUGCUGCAGGGCUCAAGAAGAGCUGAACUUACUGCUGGAGGAGAAGCAAGAGGAAUCACUAAGGGCAGAGACCCCUGAGAAUCUUGAGUUCUACGAAAGUAACAUUGAGAGUUUGAACAUGGAACUCCAGCAGCUUAGAGAAAUGACACUCCUCUCCUCCCAGUCUUCAGCACUAGUGGCCCCUUCUGGGUCUGUGUCCACUGAAAGCCCAGAGCAGAGGAUGCUGGAGAAGAGAGCCAAGGUGAUAGAGGAACUUCUUCAGACGGAGAGAGACUACAUUCGGGAUCUGGAAAUGUGUAUGGAGCGGAUCAUGGUACCCCUGCAGCAGGCACAGAUACCAAACAUUGAUUUUGAGGGACUUUUUGGAAAUAUGCAGAUGGUGAUUAAGGUCUCAAAGCAAUUAUUGGCUGAUCUGGAAAUCAGCGAUGCCGUAGGACCGGUGUUUCUUGAUCACCGAGAUGAGCUUGAAGGAACAUACAAGGUUUAUUGCCAGAAUCAUGAUGAGGCCAUCUCAUUGCUGGAAAUAUAUGAGAAGGAUGAGAAGAUCCAGAAGCAUCUUCAGGACUCCUUGGCAGAUCUUAAGAGCCUGUACAAUGAAUGGGGAUGCACAAAUUAUAUUAACCUGGGCUCCUUCCUCAUCAAACCAGUGCAGAGAGUAAUGCGCUACCCACUGCUGCUGAUGGAGUUGCUGAAUUCCACCCCCGAGUCCCACCCAGAUAAAGUGCCUUUAACCAAUGCAGUCCUUGCAGUCAAGGAAAUCAACGUUAACAUUAAUGAAUAUAAACGUCGAAAGGACCUGGUCCUCAAGUACCGAAAGGGUGAUGAAGAUAGCCUCAUGGAGAAAAUUUCUAAACUGAACAUCCACUCCAUCAUCAAGAAAUCCAACCGGGUUAGCAGUCACCUGAAGCACCUCACUGGCUUUGCCCCACAGAUUAAAGAUGAAGUAUUUGAAGAAACAGAGAAAAACUUCCGAAUGCAAGAAAGAUUGAUCAAAUCUUUUAUCCGAGACCUGUCUCUCUACCUCCAGCAUAUCCGGGAAUCGGCAUGUGUGAAGGUGGUGGCUGCCGUGAGCAUGUGGGAUGUGUGCAUGGAGAAGGGACACAGAGACUUGGAACAGUUCGAGAAGGUGCAUCGCUACAUCAGUGACCAGCUCUUCACAAAUUUUAAGGAGAGGACAGAGCGGCUGGUCAUCUCUCCCCUGAAUCAGUUACUGAACAUGUUCACGGGGCCCCACAAGCUGGUGCAGAAACGCUUUGACAAGCUUCUGGACUUCUAUAACUGUACAGAACGGGCAGAGAAGCUGAAGGACAAGAAGACCCUGGAGGAGCUGCAGUCGGCCCGGAACAACUACGAGGCCCUGAACGCCCAGCUGCUGGACGAGCUGCCCAAGUUCCAUCAGUACGCGCAGGGCCUCUUCAGCAACUGUGUGCAUGGCUACGCCGAGGCCCACUGUGACUUCGUGCGCCAGGCGCUGGAGCAGCUGAAGCCGUUGCUCUCGUUACUCAAAGUCACCAGCAGGGAGGGGAACCUGAUUGCCGUCUUCCAUGAGGAGCACAGCAGGGUCCUGCAGCAACUCCAGGUUUUCACCUUCUUCCCAGAGUCUCUUCCUGCCACCAAGAGGUCAUUUGAGAGGAAAACUAUGGACCGCCAGUCCACCCGAAAGCCACUCCUGGGCCUGCCAAGUUACAUGCUUCAGUCGGAAGAACUCCGGGCCUCCCUCUUGGUAAGGUAUCCCCCUGAAAAGCUCUUCCAAGCAGAACGGAACUUCAAUGCUGCCCAGGACCUGGACGUCUCACUUCUGGAAGGUGACCUGGUGGGCGUGAUUAAGAAAAAGGACCCCAUGGGCAGCCAGAACCGCUGGCUGAUUGACAAUGGAGUCACCAAAGGCUUUGUGUACAGCUCCUUCCUGAAGCCCUACAAUGCACGCCGCAGCCACUCCGACGCCUCUGUGGGCAGCCACUCCUCCACUGAGUCGGAGCACGGCAGCUCCUCCCCCAGGUUCCCCCGGCGGCAGAACAGCGGCGGCACCUUGACCUUCAACCCCAGCAGUGUGGCCGUGUCCUUUAGCUCAGGGCCUUCCCAGAAACAGCCUCCAGACACAUCUUCACUGACGGAAUUUGACCAAGGAGCUCUCAGCGCAUCCUUGAACUCAGAGAGCAGCCCUUCCAGAUGCCCCUCGGACCCAGACUCCCCCUCCCAGCACGGGCCCUGGGAUUCGGUAGACGCUGCCAGAGACCUUCAGCAGCCUGCUCCCACUCUGAGGAGCUCCCGAAACCCCAGGCAUCCAGAAAUGGCUGGUUACUCCGUGCCAGGGCGAAAUGGGCAGGGUAGAGACCUUGUAAAAGGAUGUGCAAGAACAGCCCUGUCUCUGGAUGACAGAAACGGACAGCUGGAAAACAGCGAGGCGGAAGGCAACCAGGUCUAUUUUGCUGUCUAUACCUUCAAGGCACGGAACCCAAAUGAGCUGAGUGUGUCAGCCAAUCAGAGACUCAAGAUCCUGGAGUUUAAAGAUGUUACAGGAAAUACAGAAUGGUGGUUAGCCGAAGUUAAUGGGAAGAAGGGCUAUGUUCCAUCCAAUUAUAUCUGCAAAACUGAGUACACCUGAACCUGUUCUGCCUCCCAUUCAACCUUGCUGCCUUUGCUUCCUUCUGCUGAAGGGUCCUGUUGUCCACUGAGAGGGCGCCUGCUCUUGAGACACUGGCCCUGCCUGCAUGGCUUAACCAUGGCACAGUGGGGCACAAGAUAAGUCUUGCUCUCUUUGAUUGGGUUGUCAACCUUGAUGCUUGCUAGAAUUUCUAGAAUUUGAAAUGGACCCUGGGGCUUGCAAGUGAUUCAGUGACCGUGAGAAGAGAGGCCAAUCCUGGGGUCAGCUUUUGGAAACGAGAAAUUUCCAGUCAGAAGACCAGUAUCCAAUAUAUGCUGGAAGCUGUGCUAUAGCAUUAGAAGAAGUUGGUGUUGGUUGUGCCAUACUGAGUUUGGGGUGGCCCCAUGCGCCAUGAUCGACUGACCGGAGACCGACUUGGAUGAAAAGAAUUCUCUGGGAGCCCUUUCAGGCUGCGCCUCUGCAUGUGGCAAGGAGUUUGUCGACCUUAUACCAAAUCUGGUGUUUUAAAACUUCAGUGUCUGGCACACAUUCACACACACGCCCCUUAUUUCUAAAAGUCCCUAAAACGCUACCACCUGUAAUCUUUUAUUUAUUUCACUGCACUUCCAGAUUGCUUGGGCAAAAUUCAACUACUUUCUUUCUCCUUUUAAAAAAUGCUUAGGGUCUUUCUUUUCCUUGAACCUUCAUCUGAAAGGUUCUCUUCCCGUUAGGUGCUAUCCUCCACACCUUGCUGACAGUCAUCCUACUUUAUAUGGUCUGUGCGUGAUAAUGUCCCCUGGUCUCUCUCCUGAAGCUCAAUAUCUGAUAGACUCUCCUAGGAGAACAGGAUCAGAGCUCCCGCCAUUUCAUUAGAGGGACUCAUUCUGCGAUGGGCUGAAGCCAGUCUAGCCUGCUGGGAGACUGGAUGCCUCUCCUCUUCAUCCAAGCACACUACUGUCCACAGAUGCAGAAAACAUAACGCGUGUGUCUUAUUUGAAUUCGGAUAAGCAGUCCCAGAAGUAGCUUAUCCUAGACUUGGAAAUAAGCAUUUCCUGUUUCAUCAGCCCCCGUGCUUCAGAGACCGCGGUCUAAGCCAAACAGAAUCUAAAGUGCCUGAUUGUGCCUCCCUCCACCUCAGGAAGAUAUUUACUAAUCCUAACACUAAGAAUCUCCCCCUGAAGUUUCUAUGUGAGCAGGGCUCUGAUUCUUAAGGCCUGCCCCAGACAAGAAAGCCUACCUUGGAACAGGAAACCGUGAAUUUUGUCUUUUAAGAAAGGGAAUUAAGAACAGCCUUACAGCCCUUGCUCCUCCAAAUGCACCUUUGCCUUAAAGCUAUGAUGAAUUGGGAGACACCUGUGAACUCCUUGGCCCCCCUGAGUCUGCUGGUUGGUCAGAAGGAAGCAAGGCAAGAGUCUCUUGUGAAUAGUGUUUGUAUCUAGAGAUGUUUAUAUUUAAGUAGUUAUUUUAUAAAUAAAAGCAUUUCUAAGGGC